GAGGAAAAGGUUUCGCACAUCUGAGAUGGGAUUUCCGGAUUCUGGAAAGUGAUUGGUAAAUCGUCGAUCUGAACUCAAUUAGGCUAUCCAGUUCUGAGAAUUCGUCUCCAAUGGCGUUUCCAUCGGCAUUUGCGUUGAUUUUCGUUCUCUUACUGCUACUCAACGUUAGUCACUGCAAAACCCUAAAAAGAGACGUGAAAGCCUUGAAUGAAAUCAAAGCAUCUCUUGGCUGGAGGGUGGUCUAUGCAUGGGUUGGAGAUGAUCCUUGUGGAGAUGGUGAUCUACCACCUUGGUCUGGAGUCACAUGCUCUAAUCAAGGAGAUUAUAGGGUCGUGACCGAGCUGGAAGUUUAUGCUGUAUCAAUUGUUGGGCCUUUUCCUACUGCUGUAACCAAUCUGUUGGAUUUAACAAGGCUGGAUCUUCACAAUAACAAGUUGACUGGUCCCAUCCCUCCUCAAAUUGGACGGCUCAGACGUCUUAGAACACUCAAUCUGAGAUGGAAUAAGUUACAAGAUGUCAUUCCCCCAGAAAUUGGUGAGCUUAAGCAACUAACACAUCUCUACCUGAGCUUCAAUAACUUCAAAGGUGAAAUUCCCAAGGAGGUUGCAAAUCUACCUGAGCUUCGUUAUCUCUAUCUGCAUGAGAAUCGCUUUACAGGCCGAAUUCCACCAGAAUUGGGAACUCUACGACACCUUCGACAUUUGGAUGUUGGUAACAAUCAUUUGGUGGGUACCCUAAGGGAACUCAUCCGUUUCGAGGGAAGCUUUCCUGCUCUGCGAAAUCUGUACUUGAAUAAUAAUUUUUUGACGGGAGGAAUUCCAGCACAGCUUGCAAACUUGACAAAUUUGGAAAUCUUGUACCUGUCGUACAACAAGAUGGCUGGAUUUAUACCCUCCGAACUUGCCUGUAUUCCUAGAUUGGCUUAUUUGUACUUGGAUCACAACCAAUUUACAGGGAGGAUUCCAGAUACCUUUUAUAAGCACCGUUACUUGAAAGAAAUGUAUAUUGAAGAAAAUGCUUUCCGGCCAGGUGUAAAACCAAUUGGUGUCCACAAGCUCCUUGAAGUUUCUGAUGCAGAGUUCUUGUUUUAGUAUAUAAGGUCAUCUUAUUCUUUGUCUAGGGACACAAAUAUUGCCCUACACUUUUUUGGUUCUUUUUGUCUUUGUCCCUAAAUCAUGGAAUGAAAUAUGAUGUUGCAAUGUUGCUUCCACUUGAUCUUUGAUUAGUCUUCUUCCUUUGAUACAGCCAAGAGAUUAGGCUGCUUGUAAUUGUAUAGCAUGUAGUUGAGAUUAAUAUAUUUAAAGUUUGUCUUUAAUUGU